AUGCCCCACGAACUGCUCACCUCUGUACUACCGGCCAAGGGGGUCGGGACGAGACUGACCAAGUGGAUCUCGGAUUUCCUAUCUGAGAGAUCCUUCGAGGUGAAGAUCAACGACACACUAUCGAGGAAAGGCUUCGCGACCACAGGGUGUCCCCAAGGCACUGUCAUGGGCAGCCUGCUAUUCUCUUUCUUUGUUGAUCAGGUGAAACACGUGCUGGACGGACGAGUCAGCUUUUUCAUUUAUGCAGAUGAUAUCAAGUUGGUGAAGAGCAUCCGCUGCGUCGAGGACUGCACAGUUCUACAGUCUGUACUCGACGAUUUUCAUGUUUGGAGCGAAAAGAUGGGACUCCAACUAUCGACCCACAAAUUACCUUCCCUGGUGUAUCUGCUGGCAGCGUGUUUCGAAUGGAGAGAUUGGGGAGAGUUGAAUCUCCAAUGCUCUUGGGCGGCGGUAAUGGACGAUAGAGCGGCGGGAUGGCCGAAAGACAGCUGGAUCAAGCCGGAGCAAUCACAAAACGAAGUUGGGCACCUCGUCGACGACGACAACUUCGUCAACAAUCACAACGCACUUCGUUCGGCCAAUCCGUUGGGUAGAAUAGUGGCUGCCAUUCUGCGGCCGCUCCAUGCACCGCUCACGCACGACCCUACGCACCGCCGCAUAGACGCCGCCAUAGCAGCAGCUGCCGACGCAUUAACGACCUCUAACGAUGGACUUGUAGAGCCCACUCUAGGUGGUCAAGACGUUGCGACCACGGUGAACAUAUACGGCAACACGCUGAGCCUAAUCGAAGCGAAACACGCUGUCAUUUUCAGCGACCACCACGUCCCACAUAGUCGUAAGCCAAGCAUGACGCCCGAAGAGGUUCGCGCUCAGUACUACGCCACGUAUGACCCGAUGACAGGCGUCCGCAUAGCCGCCACACUGGGUGCCAUAAUGAGCCUCUUCGCCCUGUUCCUCAUAUUCAAGGCUAGAUGCAAAUCCAUCCGAUCCAGACUCAACCUAGCUAAUGCAUGUCCUGUCAUCGCAAAAAUCAGACAAACUGGAGAGGUUGUGGAGCUCAAGGGUCUGCACAAUCAUCUUCCCGAUGAAGCUGGGUUUGGCAUAGAGUUCAGACACGCGCGUACCGAGUGGAUCAAAGAUAUAAGAGGAAAUCCACGGAAAAAUCCUUCGGAAGCAAUCAUAGAGCAACGUCGAAAACUUCCUCGGGAAGCCGCGUCGAGAAUCGUUCCGGUGGAACAUUAUCGCACCUGUCGUCACCACGCAGGCAAGGUCAGACCACCGCGACCGGAAAGUCUCCUCAAGCUCUACCAGGAGCUGAGCACCAAGAGCCACCCGCGCUUCAACGUGACCGAAGACGGAGAAAGGCUCCUCAGCUCCUACAAUCCGGUGCAUAACACCCUCCUUGUAACAACCAGGACUCUGCUGCGGCUGCUGAGCGAAGCGAAAUUAAUUCAUGCCGAUGCGACAUAUAAAAUUCGCCCGCGGGAACUCUGCAAGCAGAUCUUCACGAUUCAUGGCAAUUGGGGCGGACACGUCGGCAUGGUGGCUUGUGCUCUGAUGAACCGAGCCGAUGUCGAAGCCUACCGAUGGGUUCUUCAACAGUUGAAACAAGCCGCACCCUAUCUGACCGUUGAGGCGUACAUGGGGGACUGGGAUUGCGCCAUGCGGAAAGCCGUUCGUUCGGAAUUCAGCGAUAUUCACUUAUUUGGCUGCCAUUUUCAUUACUCCCAAAGUCUUCUGAAGAAAGCGAAAUCGUUAGGUCUGGGCGGAGGUAUCUUGAAGCCAGGAGCCAUCCUCUCUAACUUCUUGGCCUUCACGGCUCUUCCCCUGCUUCCACCAGAGCUGAUCAAUCCUACUUUUGAAGCUCUCGCGGCUAGAGCCAUGGACCUGCACGUCGGAUUUCCGCCAUUCCUCGAGUACGUCGCUUCUCAUUGGCUGCGCACGAUUGGCCCUCAUGAUCUCUCUGUAUUCGGCUUGCAACAGCGAACGAAUAACGACGUAGAAGCCAACAAUGGCAAGCUAUUACGGAGGGCGGGCCGUAACGGUCCAGUCUGGAAGCUCUUGGCUACUAUUACCGAAUUUGCUCAAGACACGGCGGUCAACAAGAUGAUUCACGAGAGGGGUGUCGAAUACAUACUUUCAAGGCCGAGCAAACCAACCAAAGAGAAUAAACUCAGAGUGAAUUCGUCGUGGGAACUCUUGGCAAGCGGAAACAUCACUGCUGUAGAAUUUAUAGAUCGAGUCAAGUUCAAGGCGGGGAAGAGAAACCAUCUACUAACACUCAGAAAAGAGGGUCGGACUGGGGAUCCGAUACCGAAGGCGUGGCUGAAGGAGCAGAGCGAAAAAAACCUUGAUAAGGGCGACUAUCAACCUAGAGGCGACGACGCUACACAAUCUGGCGACUCAUGCUGCGAUUUGUCUGAAGAGGACGGUUUCUCUGAGCACGACGAAGAGCCUUGCCACGAUGACCACGGGAGCGCCGAUUUCGAUUUUUUGAGGGACCAUAGUUAUGCGAAACAUCCGAAACGAUUCGGAGGGGCUAACACUGUUCGGUAUGAACAGUCUCAUAAUCGAUUUCCGCCUAUCACAUAUGAGAUGAGAAUGAUCAUAAAAGACGUGUUCGAGAAACCGAGCAAAGCUCUCGGAGAUGUCAGCAUAUCCAGGAUCGCGGUUUCUUCCGAGGAUCUGAGAAGUCUCAUCGGACUCAAUUGGUUGAACGAUGUCGUAAUUAACGUGUACUUGAACUUAAUAGUCAACCGAAGUAGGGAUGACCCACGUUUACCGAGAGUGUACUCAUUCAACACUUUCUUCCUCGAAUGCUACAGCAAGCAUGGCUACGCCGAUGUUUCCAAAUGGACGCGUCGUGACGAUAUAUUCGCGCAGGACAUCGUUCUGGUGCCGGUACACAGAACUAAUCACUGGGCCAUGGCCAUCAUAGAUAUGCGGCAGAAAAUGAUCAAAUAUAUGGAUUCUCAAGGGAACAGGAACGAUGAUUGCCUCGAGAUGCUGCGGGAUUAUCUGGCCGACGAGAUAUCACACAAGAAAAAGAGCGAAUUGAAUUUCGAUCAGUGGCGGCUGAGCAAUGAACAGGAUAUUCCCCUCCAGCAAAAUGGAUCUGACUGCGGUGUGUUCGCCCUUAAAUACGCGGACUAUGCGGCGAGAGACGCAAAAAUCGAUUUCACACAAGAAGACAUGCCAUACUAUCGCGAAAUGAUGAUAUACGAGAUCGCACAAUCUAUGAUCAUGCCGAAUGCUUAUGAUACGGUGCUCAGCAAUAAAUCAUUCGUUGGUGUCGCCUCCGUGGGCUGGGGAUUCUACCUGAAGGACUCGGAUGAGUUAUCCUGGCCCAAACUAAGCCUGCAGGCCACGGGUCGCGCCGGGGUCUGCCUCACCAUGGCGUUAGCAAUCGGGAGCCACCAUCAAACUUUACAGAAACUCGAAGGAAAAACUCAUAUCUUUCUAAACUUGAACUUGCAAAGCCUACAGGCCCACGCACUCGACAUUUCAUCAGAUUCGCUGCUCAUGAAAGCCACAAUAUUUUGUUUCACAGCAACUUGGUGUGGAAAUGAGCAUCAACAUCCGAUGGUUAAUUCACGAUUGCAAUCUCGAAACAAGAGACCACAGAGAGCAGGUGGCGUCGCCAUUUACGACCGAAUGGACUCGCCCGGAACCAGCGAAUCACUCCGUCAGCCAAUCUCAACGCACAACGAUUGCGGAGAUCUUUGUUUCGCUCGCCUCCAAAUCAAUAAUCACAUGACAACGAUUGUCUGCAUCUAUAUCAGUCCAGGAUCAAACUUCUCGAAAAUCGAAGCCUUAUUCAUUGAAAACAAACGCGCAUUCGACUCCGAGAGCGAUCGCGUCAGAAAAACCCCAUUGAUCAUCUGCGGCGAUCUCAAUUGGAACAUGAACAAACCAAACCAAAGAAAUCAAUUGAUCAGUUUCAUGUCAACACAAUUUAAUGUCAAUCUGAUCACAGAUCAGAGUCUAUCAACGACCAACAGUAACACCUGCCUUGAUCUCAUCUUCACCCGAAAUGUAGCACAUGAAGACAUCAUCAAUAAUAUUGCAUACUUCAGCUACUAUGAACCAACCAGGCUAUCGAAAGCUAAAGUGGUUGUCGAAGUUUCUGGAUUCCAAAAUUAUCUCAAGUUGAUGUCAUGGAAAGCUGGCAAAGGCAAAGCGCGGUUCGUUUACGUUUUGGCCGUCAACCUUGGUCAGGUCAAGAUCCCAGCCGAUGCCAACAUGGAUCAGUUCCAAAAGUCCGUCCUCAAAUAUAUGGGCAAUUGCGGAAAUUGCGCUCUGUGUCUACAACACAUGAUAUCACUUCCCGACCGGGUGUUGGUAGAUGAAGCCCUCAAUGAGAUGGAGCAAAUCACCGCCGAGGCGGUGGAGAUUUCCGGAGAGGAAUAA